GGGAACGGUGGAGAGGAUGCCCCGAGGUAGCGCCAGGAAUGGGGAAGCGCAGGACCCGCCCACUCCCAGGCGACAGGAAAUUCCAUGCUCCCAAAGCCAAGCGGGUCCUUCAGGAGGCGCCGGGAGCUGCUGGCUCGGCCGUGCCCAUUCCUUCCCAGAGCAGUGAUCCCGAGGGAGAUCCUGCCAGGAUGGACACCCCGGCAAGCGAGGACGGCGAGGCGGAUCCAAAAGGAAUCCCCGUGGGAGAGCACGGAGCUGGAUCCCCACAGGAGGAGAGAGACAAGGAAAUCAGAGGUGGUGGAGCACCAGAAUCACCGGAACAGGGCGUUUCCGAUGAGAUGGAAGAGAAACAUCUGGAAUUGCCCCAGCUGGGAAUUUUGGAAGCAGAUGGGACAGGAGGGGAUGAGCUGGAGUCACCAAACCCAGGCAUUUUGGAUGGGGCAGGAGAGAAUUGUCCAGAAUCACCAAAACCAGAGGUUUUGGAGGUAGAUGGGGAAGGAGAGGAGCCCCCAGAGCCAGUGAAAUGUGUAAUUUUGGAUGGAGUGGGACAGAAUCACCUGGAAUCAUCUCAGCUGGGAAUCUUGGAGGGGAACGGAGCAGGGGAGGAGCAGCUGGAUUCACCCCAGCUGAGAAUUCCAGAGGUAGAUGGGGCAGGAGAAGAGCAGCUGGAGUCACUGAAACUGAGAAUUCUGGAUGGAACAGUAGAGGAUCAGCUGGAAUCACCAAAACCCGGAAUUUCGGAGGUGGUUGGGGCAGCAGAGGAGCAGCUGGAAACACCAACACACAGAAUUUUGGAUGGGACAGGGGAGGAGCAUCCCGAGUCGGUGAAACCAGGAAUUCCAGAGGUAGAUGAGGCGAGCGAAGAGCAGCCGGAGCCGCUGAAGCAGGGAAUUUGGGAUGGGGCAGGACACAAUCAGCGGGAAUCACCGGAACAAGGGAAUUCUGGAGCAUCCAGCCCCGAGGACACGGUGACAGCCACGGCCCCUGCGGAGAGUUCGGAGGCGCCAGAUGCAGCGGCAGAGAGGGAAGGAGGCGCCCUGGAGGAGGGACGUGGCACUGGGAUCGCCCCGAGCGUGGACACAGCGUCCCCAGAGGGUCCCGGGGAUCCCCAGGGCGGGAAUUCCAGCGUGGAGACACCGGGGCUACAUCCAGCAGCCACCAGCACCGAGCCCCGGGACCAGCGGGAAGGGACCAGCCCAGAGCUGCCAACAGAGAAGCCGUGGGACGCCGCGGGCCAGAUCCACAGCGGAUCCGCGGGGAACAGCCCGGUACAGCCGAGGGAAAGCAGUGCCAGAGCCACGGAGCCGGCGGACGCCAGCGACGUCAUCUGCGGGCUGAUCCGGGAACUCUCAGACCUCAACCGCCUGGCCAUGGGCGCCCGCCGGGGACUGGAGCUGCUCCGGAGGCCAAAGCCACGGCGCGGCCGGAGGCCGGUGCCCAGCGGGAGCCGCUGGAAAGAGGGGUAGGGACGUCGUGAGUAGCCAUUUAUUG